GAAAGUCCAGGCCCAGGUCUAUGUUCUGAGUAAGGAGGAGGGAGGCAGACACAAGCCCUUUGUCAGUAACUUCAUGCCAGUCAUGUUCUCCCUCACCUGGGACAUGGCCUGCAGGGUCUACCUGGCAGGAGACAAAGACAUGGUGAUGCCAGGUGAAGACACAUCUCUGACCCUCACGCUGCGCCAGCCUAUGAUUCUGGAGAAAGGUCAACGGUUCACUCUCAGAGAUGGCAACAAAACUAUUGGCACCGGCCUGGUUACUGACAUACUGACCACCACAGAGGAAGACCAACACAACUGGGGCUGAGGAGAGAGCAGAAAAUAUGGGAGGGAAGGGGACUAAUG